CAGAAAGAAGAUUCUUUGAUAAAAUUUUUUAAAAAUUUAAAUGUAAUCAUUAAACUUCAAAGACUUUUUAGGUAGCGAUAAGUUAGAAAACAAAAAGAAUUAAAUCAAGAAAAAUAGAAUAAUAUUUCCACAAUGCCAAUAAAUAAUGAACAAGUUCAAAUAAAAAGUUAAAAAAGAAAUUUUUUUAAAGAUUUGAGUGUAAUCAUUAAGAUAUAGAGACUGUUCCGCUAAAGGUUAUCAAGAAAAUAGAAAGAGCUAAACAAAAUCAUCCAAAGCAAAAAUACCAAUAAUUAAAUAGAUUCUACUCUUUAAACUCAGAGAUAGGUUUAUAAAUAAAAUUUUUUUAAAGAUUUAAGCAUAAUAAUCAAGAUAUAAAGACUUUUCCGUAAAAAAUAAUUAACAAAACAGAAAGUAUUAAAUCUAAAUAUGGAAAAUAAAGAACCAAAAACUCCUAUAUAAAAUAAAUAGGUUCAAAUGGAUGGCUAAAAAACAAAUUUUUUUAGCGAUUUAGCAAUAAUUAUUAAGAUACAAAGACUUUUCAGAAAAAAAUAAGCUAAAAAACAGGAAGAGAAAAACCAAAAAAAUUAAAACAAAGAAUAACAAUUCGCAAAUCUAAAUAAAAAUAUGAACAAUAUCUUAAAUACUAAUUUAAGUCAGGAGUAAGCUUAAAAAAGAAAUUUCUUUAAUGAUUUAUCUAUAAUAAUUAAGAUUCAAAGACUGUUCCGUUAAAGAUAAUCAAGAAAAAAAUAAGAAUUGAUAAGGUAAAAUCAAAAUGACUAGUAAUUAGAGAAUAAAACGAACAAUUAGGUUAAAAAAGAUGGCUAUAAAACUAAUUUUUUUAGCGAUUUAGCUUUUAUUAUCAAAAUAUAAAGGCUUUUCAGAAAAAGAUAAGCUAAGAUAUUGCAAAAUAAAAACCAAAAUAACUAAAAUAACGAAUAAUAAAAUUAACCUAUAUUAAAUAAAAAUAGCAAGAAUAUAACUGACUCAAUUAAUAAAACAGGCUAAAAAAUAAAUUUUUUUAAAGAUUUAAGUAUAAUAAUAAAGAUUCAAAGACUUUUCCGUUAAAGAUAAUCAAGAAAAAAAUAAGAAUUGAUUAUGUAAACUCAAAAUGACUAGUAAUUAGAAAAUAAAAAUAAUAAUUAAGUUAAAAAAGAUGGCUAUAAAACUAAUUUUUUUAGCGAUUUAGCUAUUAUUAUCAAGAUAUAAAGACUUUUCAGAAAAAGAUAAGCUAAGAUACUGCAAAAUAUAACCAAAAAUAACUAAAAUAACUAAUAAUAAUAACCGAUAUAAUAAAAAUUAACAAUCCUAUAAAAUUAAAAUAAUGAUAAUAAAAUACCAUAAAAAAGUAAAGAUUAAAUAAAUUAAAAAAAUUCCUUUGAUUUAGGGCAUAAAGAAGAUCAGUUGACUAACUUCUUAAAAAACUUAAGUGUAAUUCUUAAAAUUUAAAGACUUUUCCGUAAAAAACAGGCAAUAAAAAAGAAAGAACUUAACCAAAAUAUUCAAAAAGAAAUUAAAUUAAACUAAUAAACAGAAAAAGUACUUGAAAAUUAACAAAAUACUUAUUUAUGUUAAAGAGAGUAAUCAAAUUAAAUUAUAAAGAAUAAUUAAACUAAUUUGAGAUCAAGUGACAACUAAAAGUAGUACACAUUGCUAGUUAGAGCACCUGAAAAUGAACCCACAGAAUUAGAAAAAUAAUAACAAAAUCAAAUUUCUUUAUAAAACAUUCAAGAAUUUUAUUACGAUUUCUAAGUAGAGGAAAGCAAUAAUAACAGCUCAAAAAAAUAAAAGUAGAGAAGCUUAAACAAAAAUUUAACUGUGCCAACAUAAAUGAAAAUGCUGAAUGAAGUAUAUUAAAACUAGACUUAACAAAAUGAUUAUGAUCUUUCAGAUGAUAAAUUAACAUACUCUUAACAUUUAAUAUUAAAUAUACAGAAGAAUAUAAGUUCAUUUUCCAAAUAAGAAGAAAAUAAUGACUAAAUAGAUGAAAUAGUUUCUAAAUUGGUUUAAUCAAUUGAUGUUUAGCAAGAUAAAGGAUUAUAGCAUACCGAAACUUAAAAUAAUUAAUAAAAAGAAAUAAGCUAAAACCUUUAAUUAGAAAAAGAAAAAUUUGUUAAUUAAAACAAUAACUAAAAUUAUUCGAUUCAGAAAAAUUUUAAUUAAAAUAAAAAAGUUCUGGACAAUUCUGAGUAAAGGAAUAAUCAGCCUUCUAAAUUUUAAGGUUAGUUACACACUGAUUAAUUUGAUCCUGAAAAGAAUAACUCAAGCAAAUCUUUUUAGAAUGAAACCUUUUAGUAAAGUCAAAUAAAUUAAAAAGAUUUGGCUCUUACAGCUUAAUUCUCGAACAACAGUUAUUACAUAAACUAAAAUUUAAAGUAAUAAUUAUUAUUUAACUUCUCUCAAUAGAAAUAAUAAUCAGAUUAAUCUCAACAAUCUAAUAGUAUAGCACCUUUAAGUCCAAAUUUUCCAAAUAAAUCCUCAAGUGAGAAAAUAAUUUAGUAAUCUUAGCAAAAAAAUAUUUUAUUUCCAAAAAAUGAAGAAAAUUUAUUCAAAUUUUUGAGUGAUAGAAUUCCUCAAGAAUAAGGAUAGCAAUUACUUUUAAAGGAUAUUGAAGCCUAAAAAAAGUUAAUCUAAAGAAAGGUUAACAUCAGUAGCACUCUUCCUCCUGUAAUUGGAGAGAGAUGCCUUAAACUAUCUAAUGAAAGAAUGCCCUCUAUUAAAGAGUUAGAGAUAGCUUAAUUUAAAGACAAAAAUAGUUAGGAUAAUUAAUAAAAUUCAUCAUAGCUUUAAAUUUAAAGUUCUUCAUCAAAUACUGAUAAUAAAAUUCUUGUUUAGUCAUUAAAACCAAAAAAUGAAUAAAUGCAAGUAAAUCAAGAAGAUCAAGGCAAAGAAUCUAAAUUAAACAAAAUUGAAACUGCUUAUAAUAAUUUAAAUUAAGGAACUAAAGUUAUAAAGGAUAGUAAAUCUGCUAAUUAAGAAUAAUAAAAUUUAAAAGAUUCAAUCAUUUAGAAGGAUCCUAGACAAUGA